AUGGAGCAGCAUUUUCUCGGUGUGCAGGAGGCUCGGGAUUCCGUAGAGGGGGCGCCAGAGCCCCAGCCUCCGUGUAUCCGCAGCUGCGACGAUUCUGAACGGUGGCCGCUCCCUCUCUACCACAUACUGGACCCCACACCGGAAGAGUCCUCGUGCCACGGCGAUGAUUUCCAUGGAGAACUGCUUUCUAGUCCUUGCUGGCGGCUGCGCUUGCUCUACAGGCGAAAUGGACCGUUGCCCGGAGCCCAGAGCACCUUGGAACCAAGCCCAGCCCCGCCCACUCGGGGCUUCUGGCCAGAGACACAGAAGCAGCCAGAGGCAAUCGUGGGAGACUUGGACCCAGCAGAGGAACCCGACGGACUCACGUUCCAGCAGCUUCCCUGGGACAGGCUGCAAGACGCCGGCGACAGACAGCAGGACAGCGAGACCUCCGACAGCGGGCACCCUUCGGAUCGCCGCCGACCUCCCGUCCCCGCUUGCUGGAGCCACCACCGGCUUUUCUCAGGCUGCUUGCACUGGAUUGGUCGCGCAGUGCACACCGUGAGCUGUGGCUGCUGCCAGACCGUCUUUGGCUCUAAGGAGCCUUGA